CGGGGCUCUUAGCACGGGGCGGGGCAGCCGCCAGCUACUGUUUGCCGGAACCUCCGGGCGCGCUCCCGAGAGCCCCCCCUCCCGCCCGACGCGCGACCCCGCCGCUUCGAAUGUUGUGAAUCAAAUGUGGGGUUUGUUACAUUCCGCUGCCGCCGCGGACAGUUCUUAAAGGGCCAGCUGCAGGCAGCUGCGCAAACCUAGCUGCGUCCUGCGCCGCCUCCCGCUCCCAGAGGGCCUGGGCCGAGAGAGGCUGACCGCGCGUGGGCCUCGCGAGGCAGACAGCGGCGGACAGACAACAAAGAGAGAGGGCCCCAGAAGGAGCUGGACUGCCCCCGGACCAGGGGGUGGGGAGGGGAGCACAUUGUUCCGCAAGGCGGGGGCUCUUAAAGGGUCCAGGCAGCUCCCCGCUCAGCCCCCUGCUCAGCUUGGCCGUCCUAGGUCGGGAACAAAGGAGUCAACGUGUGGCCAGGAGGCUGAAGGGUUGUGAGCCCCAGCCCAGCCCCUCCACCCCUCUGCCACCCCGGAUGCGACCAUGGGCUCUGGCAGUGACUAGGUGGCCACCCUCUGCCCCUGUGGGUCAGUGGCGAUUCUCUGCAGGACCCGGCAGCACCCCAGGCCAGCUCCGGGGAAGCCCUGGCCGCGAGGGCCCCCUGGCCGGCCCACCUGCCCAGGAUGAGCGCUUACCCUCCCAGCAGCCGCCGCCCCGGCCACCACACCUCCCCGUAGAGGAGCGCCGAGCCUCGGCUCCUGCCGGCGGGAGCCCACGAAUGCUGCACCCAGCCUCCCAACAGAGCCCGUUCAUGGUUGAUCUCCACGAGCAGGUGCACCAGGGGCCUGUCCCUCUGUCCUACACAGUUACCACAGUGACAACCCAAGGCUUCCCCUUGCCUACAAGCCAACACAUCCCUGGCUGCAGUGCCCAGCAGCUCCCAGCAUGCUCCGUGAUGUUCAGUGGGCAGCACUACCCCCUCUGCUGCCUUCCGCCGCCGCUGAUCCAGGCGUGUACCAUGCAGCAGCUCCCUGUGCCCUAUCAGGCCUACCCCCACCUCAUCUCCAGUGACCACUACAUCCUGCACCCUCCACCGCCAGCCCCACACCCCCAGCCCACCCACAUGGCGCCUCUUGGGCAGUUUGUAUCGCUGCAGACCCAGCACCCGCGUAUGCCCCUGCAGCGGCUCGACAACGACGUGGACCUGCGGGGGGACCAGCACCCCCUGGGGAGCUUCACCUACUCCACCUCUGCCCCAGGCCCAGCCCUGUCCCCGUCCGUGCCUCUGCACUACCUGCCCCACGAUCCACUGCCCCGGGAGGUGUCCUUCGGUGUGCCGUAUUCCCACAUGAUGCCGCGGAGACUGAGCGCCCAGAGAUACCGCCUGCAACAGCCGCUGCCCCCGCCGCCCCCACCGCCACCCCCGCCCCCGUAUUACCCCAGCUUCCUGCCCUACUUCCUCUCGAUGCUGCCAAUGUCACCAACAGCAGUGGGGCCCACCAUCAGCCUGGAUCUCGACGUGGAUGACGUGGAGAUGGAGAACUAUGAGGCCCUCCUGAACCUGGCGGAGCGGCUGGGAGACGCCAAGCCCCGUGGCCUCACCAAAGUGGACAUCGAGCAGCUGCCGUCAUACCGCUUCAACCCUGAUAGCCGGCAGUCGGAGCAGACGCUGUGUGUCGUCUGCUUCAGCGACUUCGAGGCGCGGCAGCUGCUGCGAGUGCUCCCCUGCAGCCACGAGUUCCACACCAAGUGUGUCGACAAGUGGUUGAAGGCCAACCGGACGUGUCCCAUUUGCCGGGCUGACGCCUCCGAGGUGCCCAGGGAGGCUGAGUGAGGCCCACAGCUGCCCAGGAGAACCCUGCCCGAAGCUCUGGAAAUGGGGACCCAGGGAGGACGGGGAGGGAGCAGCCCAGGCCUGCCCCGUCUUUCUGCCUGCAUCUCCAGCGCUGGUGCCAGGGUCAGCCCCGAGGAGGCCCCUGCAAUAAGCUCCUGCGUUUGCCAAGCUCCAAAGACUCCUCUCCCAGUCUGCCUGCCAGUCCACCGCCACGGAGCUGCCUGUGUGUCACUGACUCGCUCUCCCUCCUGUCCGCCCACGGGUCUCUCUCCUGUCCUGCCCGCACCGGGAGCCAGGGGUCCGCUCUCCCGGUGUGGCUGGUGGAGAUCCUUGGCCCCAGGAUGGGCAAAGGGAGCACUGUCUCGGGUGGCCUGGUCUCUUGCACUAAAAUGGUGUGCUCUCUGCCCGGGUGGCACUGACAGGCACCUGGACAGAUGGUGGCAUGAGGCCAUUGCCUGAGCUCCAGGCCUGGGUCCUCCUGCCUUGACCCCCAACAGACUCAGGCAGCCAGUCCCGCCCAGGCUGCUGUGAGGGGUGGCUCUGGCUGCCUAAGGAACCCUCACCCCAGACACAACAUUCCAGCCGCCUCCCCGCCCCCAGGCUGGAGGGCAUCAGAGCCAGCCCACCGAGCAGAUGGGCGGCAGGCCCUGCGCUGGGCAGCAUGCAUCCUGAGGGCCUGGGCCAUGCUGAGGAGAGCGACCUCCGUGCUCCUGGUGGCCACCCCUCUCUGGCAGUGGCGGGGCCAGACCCAGGCCUGAUCUCCCCUCCCUGUCGUUUUGCAUGAACGUGAGGAACAGCGGUUUUUGUUUAUUCAUUUGGCCCAAAAAUCGCGUGUAGGAUUUGGGGGUGUGGAUUUUUAAACAACUUGUUUUCUUUUGGUUUAAAUUGGGGAGAGUCUAGGGACCAACCAGGACCAAGUGCCCUGGGGGCCAGGAACGGUCCGGUGGUGCCGCCUGGUCCGCAUGCAUGUGCGUGGCUGGGGCUGGGCCGGGCGGCUGGCAGUCAGGGGCGGGGUUGGGGGGUCUGUGCUCAGCUGAUAACUGCCAUGCACUGUACUGCACACAUCCCCAGAGCCUACCGGGACCUACGCUUUUCAGGGCAUUUCUCCCUCUCCAGCCAGGGUCCGGCUCCCACCUGCCUGGGCAAGUCGCCUCCAAGGAAGUCCCGGGAGGACAGGGACCAGGGCGGGCGUGGACCCCACCUCCAGAGGCCUCCUCCCAGCCUGAGCCCUGCUCUCCAAGGUCUGGAGGAGUCCCCUGCAGGAUCUGGCUGAACUCGAACCCUCUCCCUCCCUGGUCCCAUUCCUUUCCUUCCCCAUCCCCAGCUGGGGUUGCUGCCCGAACGAACUGCGUGUGGGGCCGGCACAUCCUAGCAGGCAGCCCCUGGCGCCUGCUGCCUCAGGGAUGCUCCAACCACCCUCGUUCUCCCCGCAGCGCCCUGGCUUCCCCCCGCCUGCCAUGGGGCCCCAUCAGCCUGGCCCCACCCCGUGGAGAACCCAAAGUCUUACUGUAUAUAACUGCAGGUGACCUUUCUAUAUUUAUAGCAGUGUUGAAACCCCACAUGUUUUACACAAAGAACCACCCUCUCCAACCCCCGUCCCUUUCCCACCCCAACAACAGGGUUUCAAAACCCUUAUGGUUCCUGGGGCAGGCGGGAACAGGUUCUCGGGCUGUGUGUCGGCUGCAGCAAUGAUUCCAAUGAGCAGCUAUUGGGGGGGAAACACAACAUUUAAAAAUAAUUUUAAAAAAGAUUUAUAAAACAAUUAUUUAGGAUGUUUGUGAUUUGCCGACCUUGCUAUAGAUGCCAUGUUACCAAUGAUUUUCUGUGGUGGGGGCUUGUCAUUGUUUACUCUUAUUUACCAACUUCUGGCCUAGGCAUGACAGUGGGCACCAUCCCCCGCCCUGGCUGGGCCCAGCACCUGUGUUCUGUGUUAGAAAGGUUCUUUAUAUAUAUAUACUUACAUAUAUAUAUAAAUAUAUGUAAUUUGGGGGCCCUGUUCCUUGCACAUUUUACAGUUACCUCAUUUUUCCCAUAUAUGUAUUUGAGAAAAUGCUAAUAUAUAGAGAAAAAAAUGGUUCUUAAAGCUUAAAUGUGUGGUUUUUUCCAUUCCAUUGGAUUCACAUUGGUUUGUAGCAUUUAACAUAACUAGUAUGUUGUAUUAUAUAUAUGUGUAUACUGAUUGAAAUUUUUAACAGAUUUGUACUUUUUUUAAAAUGAAAGUUGCUAGUUCUGCUUGACCAAGUAGUGCAAUCAUUAUUUUUUUUAAUAUUGUUGCUGAUUUCAGAGGGAUACUCACUAAUAAACGUAUGAUGUAUAUCAAGUAUUGCCC